AUGGGUCAUGAAACAACACCACAGGGUAAUGGAGUACAUCUUGGGGAGGCUAUGUGUGAUAGAUUAGCUUAUGCAGAUGAUAUUGACUUUUGUGGUGAAAACAUCCAGGAAAUUGACAGAAAAAUAAGCAUUUUCAAAGAAGCUGCAAAUCAAGUUGGCCUGGAAAUAAAUGAGGCUAAAACCAAAAUCUUGAAAGUUUCAAGGCAAGAGAGGAUACUGGGUAACAUCACGUGUGAAAACAUGGAGUUGGAAGCUGUCGAAAAUUUCAAAUACCUUAGAUCAACGAUUACAGCUGAAAAUAGAGUAGAGGAAGAGGUAAAACUAAGAAUAGUAGCGGCAGCCAGAUGUGUAGUUGGGCUUUAG